AACCAGACAUGACCGAGGGUUUGAAACGCUUAGAUGACUACGUGGUGAUGGGCCGCUAUGUGGUGUACAUCUGCAUCCUGGCCGAACUGAUGAUUCUGCCUCAGGUCUCGUCUAUGUUCUACAUGAUGUAUGCAGGAGCAUCGCCCUCUUUGGCCUCUUGCGAAAGGAAUGUCGUGUUCGACAGCAGCCUCGAAGAGAAGGAAGUAUGCACAUUGUAUGAGGAGUUGGGACCAGGAAAUUGCACCUCUCCAUCACUUCGGUAUCAAUUUCGUUCUGUGAACGUUGAGUGGAAUUACUUCUGCGGAAGCGCAAAGACCAUUAAGAACUCGAUUUCGAUGCAAAUGAUUGGCGUGCUGAUCGGUUCAGCAAUGUUCGGUCAAAUCAGCGACUCGUUCGGUAGACGAAAGAGCAUGCUAGUGACUAUGGCAGGGAUGGCUAUCGGUUGGAUUUUGGUAGCAAAAUCCUACGACCUUACCCUUUUCACUGUGAGUCGCACUGCUGUCGGAUUCUUCACUGGCGGAAGCAUUUCAGUUUUGAACGUUUUCAUCAUGGAGAAUAUCCCCAAGAAGCAUCGGAUGUGGAUCAACAUGGCGAUCACCUGGUCACCCAACAUGUUACCUCUUGCGGCUAUGGCUUGGGCGACGGGUGACUGGCGCUCGUUAGCUUUACUCAACGCCAUCGUCUGUGUUCCUGGCCUCCUGUUUUGUUUCCUGUGCAUCCACGAAUCGCCGCGGUGGUUGAUCCAUUGUGGAAAAAUCGCCGAAGCGCAGGAGAUCAUGCGUCGCGAAUUCGGUAGCUCCAAGGAAGAAAGUGUCAACGAAACCUUGCACAAAGCCGUCAGAAACGAAUACGAGUUGAUGCUUCGAGCCGACUCCCAGAAGCGUCGCUAUUCUUUCUGCCACCUGUUCUACUCUCCGAAACUCGCUAUUACCACUGUUGUGCUCGCGUUUAGCUAUUUUUCUACUUCCAUCGUGAACUAUGGAAUUUUAUUCAAUAUGGAGAAGCUGAGUGGUUCAAUCUACCUGAAUUCAGUCUACACUGGUUUAAUGAGGUAA